AUGGGUGGAGCUAUCCGAUCUCUAGUCUACCUUGGGUUCCUCAGUCUUGCCACCGCAGUUGAAACAAAGUGUCGAUGGUAUCAGCCCAAAUGUGGUUCUUCCGCCGUGAAACCACAUGCGAAGCCAGCACAUAUACACUCUCACGGCUACCCGACUUAUAUCAGGACACGUGGCUCGACAACCUGCACCUUUACGGUCUCCAAGACUGGUCACUAUGGCUCACCUACAACUUAUGUUGUAAUUGAUGUACCCGAACCAACCCUUUCGACGAUUACUACGGCGAGCGGAUCGACAAGUUUCACUUUGACAGUGCCUACAACUGGUCCGGAUGGCCAGCCGACCGGACAGACGAGCUUUACUUCGACAGUGCCUACAAUUGGACCUGAUGGCCAGCUGAGUACUGUGGUAAUCGUAGGAGAACCAAAGCUUAGCUCGACACGAACGCCCGAUGCUCUUCUCACCGUCACUACCACAUUUGGCUCGAUAGCCUUCACCUCAACGGUACCAAGCACUGCCAUCGAUGGCGUAGAAACCUCGAUUGUACUUGUUGGUGUACCAACGCAGCCGCUCAGCAGUAUCACCUCCACCGGAGGAUCGGUCGGGUUCACCUCAACGCUGCCUACAGUUAUUAGUGGUAAACCUACCACUAUUGUACUUAUUGGGGUGCCAACGCAGCCCUUCAAUACCAUUACUUCUACGACCGGCUCUGUUGGGUUCACCUCGACGGUUCCGACAACAAUCGCUGGGACUCUAACAACGGUGGUCAUCGUUGGGGUGCCAACACAACCCUUCAAUACCAUUACUUCCACGACCGGCUCUGUUGGGUUCACCUCGACGGUUCCAACAACAAUCGCUGGGACUCCAACAACGGUGGUAAUCGUUGGGGUGCCAACGCAGCCCUUCAAUACCAUUACUUCCACGACCGGCUCUGUUGGGUUCACCUCGACGGUUCCGACAACAAUCGCUGGGACUCUAACAACGGUGGUCAUCGUUGGGGUGCCAACACAACCCUUCAAUACCAUUACUUCCACGACCGGCUCUGUUGGAUUCACCUCGACGGUUCCAACAACAAUCGCUGGGACUCCAACAACGGUGGUAAUCGUUGGGGUGCCAACGCAGCCCUUCAACACAAUCACUUCAACCAUAGGGUCUAUUGAAUUCACCUCGACAAUCUCUACGGACGUUAGCGGGACGCCGACGACCUUGGUUGUUGUCGGAGUGCCUACUCAACCCUUUCAGCACUAUCACUUCGACUACUGGUUCUAUUUGGCUUCACAUCUACUUGGAUCAUUAACCACUGUAGUCGUAGUAGGAGAGCCUACCCCAGUGCUCAGCACUAUCACUUCGACAACUGGAACGGUCGGGUUCACAUCUACUGUGCCUUCAACAGACCCGAGCGGCUCUCUGACGACUGUUGUGGUUGUUGGCAUUCCCGAACUAAGCACAAUCACGUCUACCAGUGGAUCUGUUAGCUUUACGUCUACUGUGCCUACUACGGACCUCAGCGGCUCACCAACAACUGUUGUUGUAGUAGGCGAGCCUACACCAUUCAGCACUAUUACAUCAACGACUGGUUCGAUCCGCUUCACAUCCACCGUAGCCACCACAGAUCCAGCUGGUUCCCUGACGACUGUUGUGGUUGUUGGCAUUCCCGAACUAAGCACAAUCACGUCUACCAGUGGAUCUGUUAGCUUUACGUCUACUGUGCCUACUACGGACCUCAGCGGCUCACCAACAACUGUUGUUGUAGUAGGCGAGCCUACACCAUUCAGCACUAUUACAUCAACGACUGGUUCGAUCCGCUUCACAUCCACCGUAGCCACCACAGAUCCAGCUGGUUCCCUGACGACUGUUGUAGUCGUUGGUGUCCCGGUGCUCAGCACUAUUACGCGCACGAGUGGAACGACUGGACUUACUUCAACGGUAGCCAGCACAGAUCCGACCGGCGGACCAACAAGUGUCGUAGUUGUUAACGUGCCAAUUCCAAGUAAUGCCUGUUUCCUGCCAGAAACCGUUGCUUGUGAUUCGACAGGGCUGGAUCUUGCAUUCUAUGCAAACAACAUCGUCAGUGCACAAUCGUACGGUGCCGGGGACGUCAGCCCGGAUUACUACUUUGGCCUCACGCCACUGGGUACUGGCACGACAAAUGAUCUGACCGUACCCCGCGUGAAUAAUCCAGGGGGCGACUACACGACCAUCCCUGGCGCGCCAUUCUAUUUCCCCGGUGUGACGGCUAGGUACGCCGGCAUUGACUACAAUCCGAAUAAUGGAACCUUCGUCUUUAAUGGAUACUUCCGGCCACCAACUGACGGCGUGUACGAGAUCUGUAUCAAUUCGGACAAUAUCGAUACCCUCUAUCUCGGUCCCGCGACGGCAUUCGCUUGUGGCGGUACAGCCCCGAUUCCGCAGGCGCAGGAAACUCUUGCGACCUUGAACCAAAGGACCUGCGUCAACGAGACACUUGGAGCUGGAUUUCUUUAUCCUUUGCGGUCAGUAUAUGGCAUGAACGGCUUGCCUUCGCUUCUUUCGACAAACAUUACGUUCCCGGGAACAACUAGCCCAGGCAAUCUCGCGGGCACUUUGUAUCCUCAAUCUUGCCAACCUGUGGCAUAAGCUGUGUGUGCACUUCGUCGCAAUGCCACCAGCCUUGGAUAUUACGCUAGAGCUCAGGCCGAUGGUUGACUUUAUCCGGCACCGAAACGAUAUGGGGUCAUGCUAGGAAUCAUUCUGCUCUCAUUUUCUCUUCUCACAUUCUUUAGUGCUGGGUAUCUACACAGGGAUUGAAUACACCACUACCUCUUUUCUAGGAUAGCCGUAUGGUUAUGUAAACUCUUAUAAUC